UAAUUUGCAGCAGCCCUUGUACCGAGGAGCAAAACGAGUGGUUCCGCAGAGCGCCGCGCCGCGUUUGAGCGUCUGCAGAAGACUGCGUUUCGAGGACCUAAGCGAGCUGCAAAGCGCUGGCGCGCCUAGGACGCCGCAGGCCCUGGGACAGCACUCCUGCACUUUGAGUGUCGGGGCCGACCGCGCGCGCCCGACGCCGCGCGGCUGAGAACAGGUCGCGCCCGACGCCCGCCGGCGCGACGCCCCGAAACUCGACGGCGCGCGGCUGAGAAACGGGACCGCGCACGACGCCCGCCGCCGCGGCGCCGCCGACGCGACGUCUAGAAUAACUCAGCCGUCUACGACGCAACCACCAAAAUGGACAACCCCGUCGUCAUCGGCACGUACCGCCUCUCGAAGACGCUCGGUAUUGGAGCGUUCGGUAAAGUCAAGCUCGCGGAGCACGUUACUACCGGCCACAAGGUCGCCGUGAAAAUCCUGAACCGAGCGAAGAUUGUGGCACUGGACAUGACGGAGAAGGUCAAGCGGGAAAUCAACAUCUUACAAAGAUGCACGCACCCCCACAUCAUACGAUUGUACGAGGUCAUCGACACCCCGACGGACAUCUUUGUGGUCAUGGAGUACGUGUCGAAUGGCGAGUUGUUCGACUACAUCGUGAGCAAAGGUAGGCUAGCCCCAGAUGAGGCAAGGCACUUCUUCCACCAAAUUGUCUCAGGGGUGGAGUACUGCCACUACCAUCAUAUAGUGCAUAGGGACCUGAAGCCCGAGAAUUUGUUAUUGGACGCGGACAACAACAUUAAAAUAGCCGACUUUGGCCUGUCCAAUGUGAUGAGGGACGGCGAGUUCCUGAGAACUUCGUGUGGUUCUCCGAACUACGCGGCUCCCGAGGUUAUUUCCGGCCACUUGUACGCGGGCCCCGAGGUGGAUGUGUGGAGCUGCGGCGUCAUCCUCUACGCUUUACUUUGUGGUUCUUUGCCCUUUGAUGAUGAGUCGAUACCGAACCUCUUCAAGAAGAUCAAGAGCGGCAUGUACUCCUUGCCUUCUCACCUUAGUCAGCUGGCGCGGGACUUGAUCCCGCGCAUGCUGGUCGUGGACCCGAUGAAGCGGGUUACUGUCUAAAGCGGCGUCCUUUUUAUUCUCGCGGCGACUCGAUGGCGCCGCGUCGAUGUCGUCGCGUCGGUGGCGCCGCGCCGACGGCCUCGAGAGGCACCGUCACGCCAUCGACGCGGCACCUCGACGCCAUCGAAGCGAAGACACCGGUAUCGCGCGCAGGUCCCCGAGGUCCGCGCGCACGCGUGGUUCCAGCAGAAGCUGCCUCCCUACUUACGGCAUGCUCCGGACAGAAUUGAAAACUUGGAGAGGGUCAUCGACGAGGACACGGUCGACGACGUCCUGGCGUUGGCGUCGCGAGGCUUCGCGCCUCUCGGCGCCUCAAAACAACUCCAGGAGAAGCUCCAGACGAAAGCCCUAGCUUUGCUCGGCGAGGAGUCGGAACGGAGACCGCGCGUCUUGGCCGUGGUCCGGCAGCCGGACGCGCAUCGGCUGCGAGGCGUCGAGAAGGCGAUUCGCGUCGCCUACGAGCUCAUUCUUGAUCAUAAACGGACAAGGUUACGAACGGCGGAAUUAGCCUUGGCAAGGCAGGCCGCCUCCGAUAGUACACCACCGACCUUUUCCUCACCUCACAGCGAGGCCUCGCCGGCGCGAGGCGGCAGCGUCGGCGAAGGCGCGCAAGCAAAAACGAUCUUCGGCGAUAGGCGGAAGGAAGCAUCGACGACGCCGCCCCAACCUCCUAGUAACACUGCAAAUCCGCCCCAACCGCCGCCGGCACCCCCACAAAGCGGCGCGCGGCGUCGACGGUGGUACCUCGGGAUUCAAUCGAAGAAAGACCCGGCCCACGUCAUGACGGAAGUCUACAAAGCACUCCUGCAAUUGGACUGCGAGUGGCGCACGGUGGAUCCGUAUAGACUGAGAACAAGGUGGCGGCCGAACGCCGGCGUCAGUCCCAAGGGCGGCGAGCCCCGGAACGCGAGAUUGGCGCCGGACUACGUCGUGCGCGUGACGUUGACUUUGUAUAAAGUGCAGCAGAACAUCUUCUUGCUCGACUUUCAGAACGGCGAGGGCGACUGCUUCGGGUUCAUGAGUUUAUGCGCUAGAAUUAUCAAGGAGCUCAAAGCACUUUCGGCGGCGUCGCGGGCCGCGGUGCAGCACCAGAUGGCGCGCGGCGGCGAGCGGCGGCCGGCGCGGCCUCCUGCUCGUCCCGCGGCGCCGGGGGCGUAAGGUUGGUUAUAUAUUA